AUGACCGACCUCAAUCUUUCCAUCCUCGACCUCGCGCGGCAGGUUCAGGACAGUGCCAGUACAAUUUCCAAGUACUUGGAGCAGAACUCCCUCCCUACUCUCUCGCUUGCUGCAGAUGCAUACCCAUUCUUUCCGGGAACAGGGCCAGCGAGCGUCGACAGCUAUCCAAGGCUUAGUGAAGACAUUUUGAAAGCGCGCUCCCAGAUCCAAGACGCAUGCAAUGCCCUGUCGCAAUUGGUGUCAGGUCCAGCUGAAGCAUCUUUCAGUUUCUUGACACAACACUUCAUGUCGGCGUGCAUGCAAUAUAUCUAUCAUUAUCGGCUUGCCGAGGGGGUUCCAGUCUCCGGGGACAUCAGCUACAAAGAUCUUGCUGCAAAGACGGGCACGCUGGAGGGUCAAUGUGCCCGAGUGCUGAAACACGCCAUGACCCAGAACAUGUUCCGGCAAUCCAGACCGGGUCAUGUGGCUCAUACUGCGUUGUCCGCGACAUUGUUGCAACCUGAUUUCCGAGACAUCGCUGGGUAUGUGACCGAGGAAAGCUUCCUUGCUGCCCCCAGGCUCGUCGAGGCCGCGGAGAAGUAUCCUGGAAGCCAAGAGAAAAACACGACUGCGUGGAAUCUUGGCCACAACACCGACCUACCAAUGUUUGAGUUUUUCGAAAAGCAUCCAGCUCGAUUGCAACGGUUCAUGGGCUGCAUGAGGUCGCUGGCAUCCGGAGAGAGCUACAACUUGAAGCAUUUAGUAGGAGCAUUCGACUGGAAAUCAUUGGGAGACGGUCUCGUGGUCGAUGUGGGCGGCAGCUUUGGGCAUUGCUGUUCCGAAAUUGCCAAAGUCGCCCCAGAGCUGAGGUUCAUCGUGCAGGAUCUCGAGAAGGUGGUAACUCAAGCCCAACAAGAGCGGGCCAGCGACAAGCACGUCGACAGGAUCGACUUUCAGACGCACAAUUUUUUCAAACCGCAGCCCGUCAAGAAUGCCGAUGUGUACCUCCUGAGGUUCAUCUGCCACGAUUACUCGGACAAGUAUGCUGCACAGAUCUUGAGCAAUAUUACUCCGGCCAUGGGCGCCAACAGCAGGAUCAUGAUCGUUGACUCCAUCAUGCCUGAAGUUGGUAUUCUAGGCAAGUUCGAAGAAAGUCGAGCAAGGAUCAUGGAUAUCGAGAUGAUGCUCAGUUUCAACGGGUGCGAGAGGGACGAGAGUGGCUGGAAGUCAUUGUUUGAGCAGGCUGAUCCAAGUCUGGAGCUGCGUAGCAGUAAGAAGAUACCGGGCAAUAUCCACGCAGUGAUGGAGUUGGGACUGAGGAGUUGA